GAUCGUUCUCAGUCCGGAUCAGCCAAUAGUCGCGAUCAUGUCGACCCAAAAAACAGUAGAUUCACGGAUUCCCACCCUCAUCCGCAAUGGCCUCCAAGAGAAGAAGCGCAGCUUCUUCGUCGUGGUCGGCGACCGUUCGAAGGAUGCCAUUGUGCAUCUGUACUACAUCAUGUCCAGCAUGGACGUGAGGCAAAACAAGUCGGUUCUAUGGGCGUAUAAGAACAAACUCCUCGGGUUCACAAGUCACCGGAAGAAGCGGGAGACCAAGAUCAAGAAGGAGAUCAAGCGAGGGACACGCGAGGCCAAUUCCGAGGACCCCUUCGAGCUUUUUAUCUCGCUCCAUGACAUCCGCUAUGUCUACUACAAGGAGACCGACAAAAUCUUGGGAAACACAUAUGGCAUGUGCAUUCUACAAGACUUCGAGGCUAUGACUCCCAACAUCCUUGCUCGAACUAUCGAAACUGUCGAGGGUGGAGGCUUGGUCGUAUUGUUGCUUAAGGGCAUGAACAGCUUGAAGCAGCUAUACUCCCUUUCCAUGGACGUCCACUCGCGGUACCGGACCGAGGCCCACGACGACGUCGUUGCGAGGUUUAACGAGCGCUUCAUUCUAUCGCUCGGCGGUUGCGAAUCCUGUCUCGUGAUCGAUGACGAGCUCAACGUUUUGCCGAUAUCAGGCGGAAAGGGCGUGAAGGCUCUCCCACCACCAGACGAGGACGAGCCCAAGAGUGCGGCGACGCAGGAGCUGGAAAAGAUGAAGGAUUCCCUCCAAGACACCCAGCCGAUAGGCUCUCUUGUCAAGCUGGCUCGCACGACGGAUCAGGCGAAGGCCUUGCUCACAUUUGUGGAUGCCAUUGCGGAGAAGACGUUGCGGAACACCGUCACCCUGACGGCUGCGCGUGGUCGCGGCAAAUCGGCAGCCAUGGGUGUUGCUAUCGCAGCUGCUGUCGCGUACGGGUACAGCAACAUCUUCAUCACUUCGCCAUCGCCAGAAAACUUGAAGACGUUGUUCGAGUUCGUGUUCAAGGGCUUCGAUGCGCUCGACUACAAAGACCAUGCCGAUUACUCCAUUAUUCAAUCUACGAAUCCCGACUUCAACAAAGCCAUUGUCCGGGUCAACAUCCACAGGAAUCAUCGGCAGACCAUCCAGUACAUCCGCCCCCAGGACAGCCAUGUCCUGGGACAGGCCGAACUGGUGGUCAUUGAUGAAGCGGCGGCUAUUCCCUUGCCUCUGGUGAAGAAGUUGAUGGGGCCGUAUUUGGUGUUCAUGGCCUCAACAAUCAGCGGUUAUGAGGGCACCGGCCGGUCGCUCUCGUUGAAGCUAAUUAAGCAGCUGAGGGAACAAUCUCGGGCCGGCGCCAAUCCGGGCAGCGGCGGUGCGGUCGAAGUCGAUAGGUCGAGCGGACGGGCGACCAAGGAGACCGUCGCAGUGGGCGGACGGUCGCUCAAGGAGAUCACUCUCUCCGAGCCCAUCCGUUACGCACAGGGGGAUAAAGUGGAAAAGUGGCUGAACACACUCCUCUGCUUGGAUGCGACACUGCCGAAGUCCAAACUCAGCACUCAGGGAUGCCCGGACCCUUCGCAGUGUGAGCUGCUGCAUGUUAACCGCGACACGCUUUUCUCCUUCCACCCAGUCUCGGAGAAGUUCUUGCAGCAGAUGGUCGCGCUCUACGUUGCAAGCCACUACAAGAACUCUCCGAACGACUUGCAGCUCAUGAGCGAUGCGCCGGCGCACGAACUGUUCGUCCUCACCGGCCCAAUUGUCGAGGGCCGCUUGCCGGAGCCUCUAUGUGUGAUACAGGUGUCGUUGGAAGGCAAGAUCAGCAAACAGAGCAUCCUGAACAGCCUGGGCAGAGGCCAACAACCUGCCGGUGAUUUGAUUCCGUGGCUGGUCAGCCAACAAUUCCAGGACGACGAGUUCGCUUCCCUAUCGGGCGCUCGAGUCGUCCGAAUCGCAACGAACCCCGAGUACAUGUCCAUGGGGUACGGCUCGAAGGCGCUUCAGCUUCUAGUCGAGUACUACGAGGGGAAAUUUGCCGAUCUUUCGGAGGAUGGAGGCAAAACCUUGCAGCGGUCCAUUCCCAAGGUUACAGAUGCCGAGCUUGCAGAAGCCAGUCUCUUUGAUGACAUCAAGGUUCGGGACAUGAACGAGCUGCCACCGCUUUUCGCUAAGCUGGCAGAGCGCCGGCCCGAGAAACUUGACUACGUGGGUGUCAGCUACGGCCUGACUAGUCCGCUACACAAAUUUUGGAAACGGGCCUCGUUUGCCCCAGUCUACCUAAGGCAAACCGCGAACGAGCUCACGGGUGAACACACGUGUGUUAUGAUCCGGCCGCUCCAAGACGGGAACGACCCGAGCUGGCUUGGUGCGUUCGCCAACGACUUCCACCGCCGUUUCCUAUCCCUCCUCUCAUACAAGUUCCGCGAAUUCCACCCUGGCCUCGCGUUGGCCAUCGAGGUAUCGUCAAACGCGGGCGCUCAGUUGGAUCCGUCCACGGCUCCGGUUGCGCUCAGCAAGGUUGAUUUGGAUGGGUUUCUGACGCCAUUCGACCACAAGCGUCUCGAGUCGUAUGCCAACGGGCUGCUCGACUACCACGUCGUAUUGGACCUCAUGCCGACGAUCGCGCAGCUGUACUUUAGCGGCCGGCUACCGCUGAGCGGCAACCUCACUGAGCUGCAACGGUCGAUUUUGCUGGCCAUCGGCAUGCAGAGGAAGGAGCUUGAAACUGUCUCUGAAGAGAUGGGGGUCUCGUUCUCGCAGCUUCUGGCGAUUUUCAUCAAGGUGAUGCGGAAGAUCUCGUCACAGCUUGGCUCACUGGUUACCGGGGCCAUCGCGGCCGAGAUGCCGGACCCGAGCAAGGUCGGUGUGAGCCGGGAAAACGCGGCCGGGAUGCAUGACGACGAGGUAGUCGACAACAAGUACGCGCCUAUCGAGACCAGGCUUGAGGACGAGCUUGAGGAGGGGGGCGACGAAGCGAUGAGUGAGCUUCGGGCGAAGCAGAGGGAGCUUAUCGACUCGCUCCCACUGGACCAGUACGAGAUCGGAGGCGACAAGUCGGCGUGGGAGGACGCGGAGAAGCGGGUGCAGCAGGCGGCCAAGAGCGGGAAGGGUAACCCGCUUGUGAGUGUCAAGACGAAGGUAAAGCGCAAGGCUGAGGAGGCGGAUGGGCAUGAGGAAAAGGGUGGCGACAAGGGGCACUCGAAGUCCAAGAAGGCGAAGCGGGAGAAGAAGAGGUGAGGCGAGACCGUGUGUUAUUGAUAAGAUAUACGGCUGUUUUACUACUAGCCGAAAAGAUACCCAAGCCUGGAGUAGGCUUCUCAUCUGAUUCGCCCUUGGGUGAAUGAAGGUUGACUGUGCGAAUCGAUGGCAGACCACAGUAAGACUUGGGACCGAUGAGUGGGGUUUAUG